CGGCCGUGCCUGGUUUUCAUCUGACGAGCGUUAUACAUGAGGAUUGAGGAUCUCCGCAGAGGAAAGUCCACCAUAGACAUGAACAUAGAGGCCAGGCGUGUUUGAGGUUUUGGAAACAUGUCCAAGAAAAGGGGCAGGAAACGCAGCAGCGGAGAGCUGAGCGACAGUCUCACUCCGGAUCCCAACAAUCUGCUGGGUCGACGGAUUCAGCACAGCUGGCGAGAGAAGGGCGCUUUGACCAAGUGGAAGGGCACCGUGCUGGACCGACUCAGCGUGAACACCUCCUUAUUCAUGGUCAAGUACGAUGGCUUCGAUUGCGUCUAUGGCAUCGAGCUCUUUAAGGACGAGAGGGUCUCGAACCUGCAAGUCCUCACUGAGAAAGUGGUGAACAACAAGAUCAAGGUUCCUCACGAUGCUGAGGAGCUGGUGGGCAAAGCGGUGGAACAUCUUUUUGAGAAGGAAGACGGGGAGAAGAACGAGUGGAGGGGGAUGGUGCUGUCUCGUGCUCCCAUCAUGACCAACUGGUAUUACAUCACCUACGAGAAAGACCCGGUACUGUACAUGUAUCAGCUCUGGGACGACUACAAAGACGGGGAUCUGCGGAUUUUACCUGAAGCAGAGAAUAAACAUCUGCUGCCUGCAGACCGUAAACCCGGAGAGGAAACGGAGAGCCUUGUGGGUAAGCAGGUGGAGUACGUCACAGACAAAGGAGUGAAGAGAACGGGCCUGGUCAUCUAUCAAGUUCCUGCCAAGCCGUCCGUUUACUACAUCAAAUACGACGACGACUUCCACAUCCACGUAUAUGACCUGGUCAAGACCACCUAAACAAAACACAGACGAAAGAAAAGAAAACGGUCUCCUCAUUGCUCAAGUAUCAUUGCGUUCUUAUUGUACAGUUUGCCUUGCCUUGCUGUGACGGGCGAUUGGAAAAACCUCUGUACAGCGUUUGUUGUUUUGUGUUGAUGUCUUUGUUGACGGGUCAAGAGGACGAUUGUCCUAUCGGAAGGGCGUUCUGUAUAUUCCAUGUUUAUAAGCCGGUCGUUUUAUGCAACGCUUUAGCUUUAAUGCCUUGGAAGAGGUCAUUUGAGUUAAUACAUUUGUAUGUGAAUGUGCGGUCACAUGGAGCGUUUCUUUUGAACUGUAAAUAGUUUUGACCGUUCAUUUCAGAAAUACAUCGUGAGAGAGACAGUUGAUAUGAAAAGAAACAGGCGGCGCGCGUUCUCUAAAUUUAAAAUAACUGACACAGCAGAAAUCUAUUUAUUACAUUAUAACGCUUCAUAACAAAUGUUUGUGCACACGAGUGCUUUCGUGUGGUGCGGUGAGAGACGUAGCUGACAGGUCCGAUUAAUUAAACCUUUACCUGAGUGACAUCAUCACGCCCCGUCAGUGGCAUCGUAGCAGAAUUCAAAAGAGAUUUGUAUGACCCUUUGAUUUUUUCGCACAGCGUGUCGUUUUUGAAUUGCAUACGAACACUUGGGGUUUUAAAACUUGAUUUGAGGAAAAAACUAAGCAAACCAGUUUUCCAUUGCAUUGGGGGGUUUAUUUAAAUGUCUAAUGCCGUGAUAUACAACAAUGUGAUUAAAUGUCCAUGUAAAAUAAUCUAAAAUAUCAAAAUCUCACAAUCACUAAUGAGAAAAAAGGUUAAACGCAUGUAGUCCAGUGCUGUAUGAGCAGUUUAAUAAAUUUCAAAUAGACCUCAGUUUAGUGAAAUCCAGCAGGCUGGAUGAUGAACCUGUUAGACUUCUAGAUAAUUCCUCCCCACUUCUUUAUUGCCUUACUGUGAAUUAAAGGCAGGAGAUGCCCGCGUUUAUCAAACGUGAUAUUCAUGUUCUCAAAGCUUCGCAGCUGAUCUGAGCACAGCUUUAAAACAAUCAACAAAGCCAGUUUUAUGUUCCUGACAGGUUUCUCCUGGUGAACAGGUGUCUCAUUGAGCUUCAUGAGCUCUUUCAAAGUAAAAAAAAAGAAGUCUCACAUGAUUUGUGUUGUGAUUCUUGCUUUUUUCUUUGCGUGUUGUCUGUAAAUACUGCACAUACGUGUAAUAGUCGGCCAUGUGUUUAAGUAGCAGAUACUUUAGGGCCUUGUUUGCUUGUAGCAUUUGCACUUUAUUAGGCUGUCAAGUGUAGCUCUACUGCGUCUCGCAAGAAGUAACGCUACACGGUAUGAUAUUAAUAACAUUUGACUUGCAUCCAAAAAUUAAACAAAUAAUGUGGAUUAGUUUAGGUCUCAUCGGAUUGGCAUUACCAAAUUAAACAUGCUUCAUGUUGUUUCAAAUCUCUCUAAUAAACAUGUAAUUUAAAAAUUAUAUCAAUGAUAAUAUUGGUCAAUCUGAUUGCAUUAAAGGGACUAAAGUUUAUAGACUUGCGCAUGAAAAGAUUUGAUUAUGUAAAUGUAAUGCACACACAUUACACAGUUCAGCUCUGUUUCCUGAAGUGUGUGUUUGUGUUUUGCAUGUGCAAGUCUCAGACUGAAGGAAUUUAAUCUCUGUGGUACAGUAGUGCUUCACUGACUCAUUGUGUAGUUUGCCUCUAUAUUUAUUAUCCACACAGCAUGUGUCAUUUACUUUAUAAUAUUUUUUUUAUUCAGACUGUCGUAAAAUCUCCAGUUCAGUGGUUCGUUCGGGGAACCCAGUUUUGGUAAUGGGGAAAAUAAAUCAUUCCUUGAAAUGCACAUUUGUCUAAAUGAUUGUUAUUAAACUUUCUUCAAAGUUUGAGAGGAGAGACAUCUUUUGGUUUUAAAUCACUUGUAGUAUAAUCUCUCAAUCUCUCUGUGGUGAUAUCAGGCUAUGGAAAUGUUGGAGGUUUCACGAUUCUCAACAGGCUUUUGCGGUUUUCUUUCCCCUGUCUGUGAACGAGUAAUUCUAUCUUUGGCUACCCUGUGACGGUGUUUUAUCAUGUGGUCCGCGAGCUUCUGCCGAUUCCUCCGGUUCUAUUUCAUCGGUUCUUUUGCUGCUUUUUACCAAAGUUACUUUUUCAGUAAAGUGAUGUUGAGGAGGUUCACGCUCCACAUCUGUUUGUGUAAUGAUGUCAUCGUAAAUAAUAAAAAGAGAUAUUUUUUGCACUGAA